AUGAGGAAAAAAGAGAAGAAAAAGCACAUGAAAAACACCAAGACGAAGAAGAAGCCGCGUAAGCCUCCCGCAGACGCUCCGCUCCGUGCGCCGCCCACGCCCGAUAAAAAACGCCCGCGGCACUUUCCCAGCCCGCCCGUGGCCCUCCGCCGCGGUGGCACUCGCACUGGCACCCAAAAAUGUCUCAAUUAUCACGCCCGCGCUCCCACAGGUGUGCACGUGUACUUCACAGCGCGCGCGCACGGCCCCCGCACCAACUACGACGUGGCGAUGCUGCAGUUCGAACAGCUGAUCGCGAACAAGCAUUUCCUUCUGUCCUUCAUCGACACACUCGAGUCCCAGAAGUCCUUCAACAUCAGAGACAAGGUGAACGUGGCGUCCCUGGUGACGGUCCUCCUGAUGGGACGCAUGGAAUACCUGACGGAGGUGCUGCGCUGCCUCAUGCUGCGGCUGGUGUCUGCGGCGGCGGCGACCAAGCACCCGCAGCUGAUGCUCCGCCGCACCGAGAGCGUGGUCGAGAAGAUGCUCACCAACUGGCUGGCGCUCUGCAUGUACGGCUAUCUGAAGGACGACGCCGGCACCGCCCUGUUCCUGCUGUACAAGGCCAUCAAGCACCAGGUGGAGAAGGGCCCCGUCGACGCCCUCACGCACGACGCCCGCUACUCGCUCUCGGAGGAGCGCCUUCUCAGGGAGCAGGUCGACUUCAGUCCUGUGAACAUCCACCUGCUUCAUGAUGACCCUCACUAUGAAAAAAUACCCUACCAGACGACCUAUAGUACGCUGGCCAUGUACGCCGAGGAGUACGAGGAGAAGGUGCAGGUCAAGGUGCUGGACUGCGACACCAUCACGCAGGUCAAGGCGAAGAUCCUGGACGCCCUCUACCGCAACACGCCGCAGUCCCUCCGACCCUCCGUCCACGAGGUCGACCUUGAAUGGCGUCACGGGCGCGCCGGGCGGGUGACGCUCAGCGACGAGGACCGCACGACGCUGACGGGCGCGGGCGGCUGGCGGCGCGUCAACACCCUCGCCCACUACGGCGUCAGGGACUCGGCCGUCAUGGCGCUCAUCCCGAGGCAGAACGACUCCUUCUCCUCCAACUGCACAGGCUACUACUCAUACGCUAACAGUGUGUCACCCUUGAACUCUCCUGUAGUCGAGGGUGGCGUCGGCGGCGACGGCGGCAGCGGCACCAUGGGGCGCGGCGGCGGCGGCGGUGGCGUGCAGUUCUACCACCUGGUGCGCACGCCCGAGGACUCGGCGUCGGGCACCCUGGGCUCGUCGCGGGACGGGCGCGACCGCACCUACGGCACCCACAAGGCCAUCCCGGAGAUCUUCCUGACGCGGCUGCUGUCCACCAAGGGCACGGUGCAGCAGUUCGUGGACGAUUUCUUCCGGACCAUCCUGAGCGCCAACGACGGGCUCCCGCCGGCCGUCAAGUGGCUGUUCGACCUGUUGGACGACGCCUCGCGCGCCCACGGCAUCACCGACCCCGAGGUCAUCCACGCGUGGAAGUCCAACUGCCUCCCGCUGCGCUUCUGGGUCAACUUCAUCAAGAACCCGGACUUCAUCUUCGACAUCGCCAAGACGUCCACGGUCGACUCGUGCCUCUCGGUCAUCGCGCAGACCUUCAUCGACGCCUGCUCGACCACGGAGCACCGCCUGGGCAAGGACUCGCCCUCCAACAAGCUGCUCUUCGCCAAGGACAUCCCGCGGUACAGAGCGCAGGUAAAGAGCUUCUACAGCGACGUGUCGAGCGCGCAGCCGGUGAGCGAGCAGGAGCUGGGCCAGCACAUGCAGCAGCUCUCGGCCGCCCACCAGGGCCACUUCGACAACCUGGCCGCCCUCAAGGAGCUCUACAUCUACGUCACCAAGUACCACGAGCUGAUCCUGGAGUCUCUGGACGCCGACCCGUACUGCCGCAAGCUGAGCCUGGCGCACCGCCUGCAGUCCAUCGGCUACAUCCUGGAGUCGUACAGCCACGCUGGGCCGGUGGCGCCCAUGCCGCCCCUGCAGCUGGCGGGGCAACUCUCCGAGCUGUGAACGCCCACACAGUGACGCCGCCCGCGGUCUCUCCUCCAGGACACCCACCAGUGAACGCCCUCGCGAUGCGCCGCGACCUGACGGCAGACACUCUCUGUGGACACGAACCCUUUUUAUAGCAAAGACUUGGAAGCGGCUC